UGUUGUGAACCACAAUAACCGGUUCGAUCGUUGUUGCUCCGGUUGAACGGAACGGAUCAACCAUUGACCAAAAGAACUUUCUUGCUUCCCCUUCAAUUCAAUCGUCUCAAAAUCUCAGAUUCUCAACAUCCUCGCAGUAGAGAAGCCCUACGAAUCGAGUUGCGUAGAUCAGGAGGAAGAAGGUGAAGCCUAUACAUCACGCUAAUGGAUUCUGCAGCUCGUAGGAGCGGAGGAGGCCUCCUUGAAGGGCUUUACAGAGUUAUUAUGCGCCGGAACUCCGUUUAUGUCACCUUCAUUAUCGCCGGCGCUUUUGUUGGCGAGCGGGCUGUUGAUUAUGGGGUUCACAAGCUCUGGGAACGCAACAACGUUGGGAAACGAUACGAGGAUAUUUCAGUUUUGGGGCAAAGACAAUCAGAAGAAUGAUAUUCUCCCAAUAAUUUUGCUAUGUAUAAUUUGUUGUCACCAACAACUAAUCUUCUGAUUCAUCUUUUUGAAUAAGUUUACAUGUCCAAUUUUGUCCCACCUUCUGUCAUAAGCGCUUGGUGGGGUGACCUUUAAGCGUUGCUUGUGGUUUUCUUCCCAUUAAUUUUUCAAGAUUAUCACGACCUUGCUUGAACAAGAUCUGUUCGGUAGGUUGUGCAAUGUGUUCUUGAGUUAAUUUUUGAAAAUUAUCGUUCAAAUGUUCCUGCUUUCA